CGCUGAAGCUGAGUAGGCGUCGUGUUGCGGCGCAAAAGCAUAAUAAGCUUUGCUGGUUAUAAGCACAGACGACGCUGCGAGGCAUGGAUACGAUCGGAUAGAUUUCGCAGCUCUGCUCUCCCAUAAUUUGACCGAUGCUGACACUCACACUGCGGCGCGCGCCGCGCGUCGUCAUCACAAAUACCUGGCGACCGAAGCGAUCCAUCUGGUCCGGCGGCGGCGUGGAAGAGGCUGGUUUACGAGAAGCGAAACCAGCUCCGCAACGAGCCCAGCGCAUCGUCCGCCUCUUAGCCUCACAACUGUGGCCGCCCGUCGACGAGACGAAGCAAGAUGCGUCGAUAACGACGGGCAAGGCCAUACCAAAGGAGACGGCGCAGUCCAUAAGGCAGAGAGUGGCCUUAUCCGCAUCCUUACUGGUCGGCGCCAAGGCCUUAACGAUCGGCACGCCGUUCCUCUUCAAGGAGGCCAUUGAUGUGUUGUCGACGAAUGAUGCGGUCGUGGCGGCGCCCGUCGCGGUGUUGGCGGGCUACGGUGUCGCGCGACUGGGUGCGUCCGGAUUCCAAGAGGCGCGCAAUGCCAUUUUUGCGACCGUUAGUCAGCAGGCGAUCCGCAAUGUCGCUCUUGGAGUGUAUCGCCACUUGCACGCCUUGGACCAUGCGUUUCACUUAGACAGAAAUGUGGGGCAACUUUCCAGAACUGUGGAUCGAGGAGCGCGGAGUGUGAACUAUUUGGUGAGCAUGACGCUGUUCAACGUGUUUCCGACCACACUGGAAAUAAGCUUAGUCACAGGUAUCGUGGCGACGAAGUUCGGGAGCUACCACGCGCUGGCUUGCUUGGCUACGGUAGGCGCUUACGUGCUCUUUACCGUAAAAUACUCAGCGUCGAGGAUACCCAUCCGAAAGCGCAUGAACGCCGCCGACGCCGCUGUUGGUGGUCAUGCGAUUGAUACACUAGUAAACUAUGAGUCCGUCAAGUACUUUGGCAACGAGGAGCACGAAGCUAGACAGUAUGAUAAGCUCUUAGGCGAGUACCAGGCGCAGGCGGUGGACGUCCAGAAGACCCUAUCUAUCCUGAAUUUCGGGCAGCAGGCCAUCUUCGCCGUCGGUCUCAGUUCGAUCAUGCUGUUAACCGCUGGAGAUAUUGCCUCUGGUACGGCGACGGUCGGCGACCUCGUCCUGGUGAACGGUUUACUAUUUCAAUUGGCCAUGCCCUUACAUUUCAUCGGCAUGGUCUACCGGGAGAUCAACCAGGCUUUGGUGGACAUGGAGAACAUGUUCGAUCUACUAGAUAAAAAGCCCGGCCCCGUGCCCGCGUCCUACGCAACGACAUCGAUCGCGCGCGGCCCGGGCCACGACCCGCCCGUCGAUCCUCCUUGUAUUCGCUUUGAGGACGUCCACUUUGGGUACGAAGGACGAGAUUCGGUAUUGAGAGGAGUGGAUAUAGAUAUUCAAGCGGGGAAAACGGUCGCGUUCGUCGGUCCAAGCGGGUGCGGCAAGUCGACGUUACUGCGAUUACUCUUCAGAUUCUACGACGCGGACAAGGGCAAGAUCACGGUCGACGGCGUCGAUGUCAAGGAUCUAGAUGUCGGCGACCUAAGACGUAGUAUAGCGGUGGUGCCGCAAGAGACUCCUUUAUUUAACUCGUCCAUCAAGCACAACAUCCACUAUGGCAAUCUAGACAGUGAUUUCAGUGCUGUACAAAGAGCAGCAGAAGCGGCGAAUCUUGGUCCACUACUGUUAACGUUGCCGGACGGCUACGAGACGCUCGUCGGUGAUAGAGGUUUAAAACUAUCUGGUGGAGAAAAACAACGAGUAGCCUUAGCAAGGGCCAUCCUCAAGGACGCACCGGUCUGCUGCUUCGACGAGGCGACUUCUGCCCUAGAUACCGAAACCGAAGCCGAGAUCAUGGCGCACCUCAAGACGCAUGGCCGGAACCGGACGACGCUGGUCAUCGCCCAUCGCCUGUCGACGGUCGCCGAUGCCGACGAGAUCGUGGUGCUGGAGGAGGGCAAGGUCGCGGAAAGAGGGACGCACGCGCAGUUGCUGGCAGCAAAUGGUCGGUACGCCGAUCUCUGGGAGGCGCAGACCACCCAAGAGGAGGUCGUGCCGUUUCCGUACGUGCCGAGCACGACUUAAGUUUAGUAGUAG